CUUCUUCAGCAGCACAAUUCUGUCCAAAUAUCCUACAUUUUACCCCACACAAAAAGUACUUAUGUAGUAUAAAAAACCUAUUUUUUAAAUAUUUCUUUGACCUUUUAUUCCUGAUACAAUAAAAUAUCUACAGAUAUUUCUCCAUGGAGACGUUUGACCCCCUCAGAGCUUUGAGUUCAUUCAUCUCAGUUGUGUAAACAUGGAAACAGUCCAUGUGUGCUCCGUUGCCAAGACCUAAAUGGGUUUUUCCACACGUGUUGAGUGGACACAAGGUUACCGAUUAUCUUUGGGCGUCAUGGAGGGGGUACUGAUGUGUGUCACAACAUGCCUGCACUUUGUUUGACUGGAGGUGUCACCAUGGAGUCUGGAGGAGCUAUAAGUACAGCAGAGCUCUGCAGCAGCGGCAGAUUCCUCUGCAGGUCUUCAACAUCAGCGGCAGGAUUUGCAAUCAUGAGGGAGUGCAUCUCCAUUCACAUUGGCCAAGCUGGUGUCCAGAUGGGCAAUGCAUGCUGGGAGCUCUACUGCUUGGAACACGGAAUCCAGCCGGAUGGUCAGAUGCCCAGCGAUAAGACCAUUUCAGGUGGAGACGACUCCUUUAAUACUUUUUUCAGCGAGACCGGAGCUGGAAAACAUGUUCCCAGAGCGGUGUUUGUCGAUCUGGAACCAUCUGUUGUCGAUGAAGUCCGUACAGGAACCUACCGCCAGCUCUUCCACCCGGAGCAACUGAUCACUGGGAAGGAAGACGCAGCCAACAACUACGCCCGUGGUCACUACACCAUUGGUAAGGAGAUCAUCGACCUGGUUCUGGACAGGAUUCGUAAACUGGCUGAUCAGUGCACCGGACUGCAGGGCUUCCUGAUCUUUCACUCCUUUGGAGGAGGAACCGGCUCCGGCUUCACCUCUCUGCUAAUGGAGCGCCUCUCUGUCGACUACGGUAAGAAGUCCAAGCUGGAGUUUGCCGUAUAUCCAGCUCCUCAGGUCUCCACUGCGGUGGUGGAGCCCUACAACUCCAUCCUGACCACCCACACCACCCUGGAGCACUCCGACUGCGCCUUCAUGGUGGACAACGAGGCCAUCUACGACCUGUGCCGCAGGAACCUGGACAUUGAGCGUCCAUCUUACACCAACCUGAACCGGCUGAUCGGGCAGAUUGUGUCAUCCAUCACCGCCUCCCUGCGCUUCGACGGCGCCUUAAACGUAGACCUGACGGAGUUCCAGACCAACCUGGUUCCUUAUCCUCGCAUCCACUUCCCUUUGGUCACCUACGCCCCUGUGAUCUCCGCAGAGAAGGCGUAUCACGAGCAACUUUCCGUCGCGGAGAUCACAAACGCCUGUUUUGAGCCGGCCAAUCAGAUGGUGAAGUGCGAUCCUCGCCACGGCAAGUAUAUGGCCUGCUGUCUGCUGUACCGCGGCGACGUGGUGCCCAAAGAAGUGAAUGCCGCCAUCGCCACCAUCAAAACCAAGCGUAGCAUUCAGUUUGUGGACUGGUGUCCCACAGGGUUCAAGGUGGGCAUCAACUACCAGCCCCCCACCGUGGUUCCCGGAGGGGACCUAGCCAAGGUGCAGAGGGCCGUCUGCAUGCUCAGCAACACCACCGCCAUCGCCGAGGCCUGGGCACGCCUGGACCACAAGUUUGACCUCAUGUAUGCCAAGAGGGCCUUCGUGCACUGGUAUGUGGGGGAGGGCAUGGAGGAAGGGGAGUUCUCCGAGGCUCGAGAGGACAUGGCCGCCCUGGAGAAGGAUUACGAGGAGGUGGGGACUGACAGCGUUGGAGAGGGGGAGGAAGAGGGGGCGGAACAGUGAGAAACUCCCCUAAAAGCUUUUGUAUGUCAUCUAGCUGCAAUGUUUAUGUACCUGGACACUAAAUUCUAUCUGAUGAAGGAUUCAUCUGCUUUCUUUACUGUGAAUCUGCUUAAAAAAAAACUCAGAAGACCUGCAACCAAAUAAAAAGCCCUGAGGCUGUGACUCAUUCAUCACCUCGUAGGUUCCUCUGCUGUAAGGCAUGCAGGAAGUCAUGGUUUCAGUCUUGAUGACUACCCGAUGAAACCAAACAAUUAAUGAAAAACAGUCGUUAUAAUCGAUGAAUAAAAGCUUAGAAACAUAUUUUUGAAAUGA